ACGACAUCGUCUAUUUGCAAAAUACUAUAUAAACACGGCCUCUCCUCAGCUCACAUCCCCAUCUUUUAGCCCCUCCUCCACCAUGUCUACAUAACUGCACCGCUGCCGUCCUGCUAUCAAACACCCAGUACUUGCAUCCUGCCGCGUCCCCAGUAGACUGCCUGGCGCACUGAUUUAAAGUAUGGUUAACAAACUUGCCCGUAAAUCUAAUAACGGCACUAUUCUCUUUGAACCUUUCAUCGUAUAUCGUAUACACCGGUGAUAUUAACCGCGCAAGCAUCGACGCCACAUCUCUCGCCCCCUCUUCCAAUCCAACCUCGUUUGCCUAUCCUAUGUCAACAGAAUCUUUCGAUUUCCUUCAUCUGGCCCGUUCAAAGCUGCAUACAGCCAUUGGCGGGAAAGAUAACUGCAGCCUGCACCGAUGGGUGCUCCUCAAAAAUUCGAUUGUUCGCACUCCACCUAAAGACGGUGAAGUUCAAAACCCUAUGCCUGAUGUAAAUUCUGUAUAUUCCUUUGAUGACGAAGGAGACGGUGACGAUGAAGACGACGGGGUUGAGGAAGAAAUCGACUCAUUCAUGUUCCCCGACGCUAGUAACCUAGUUGAUUGUGGUGGAGCUGAUGUGAACGCUUCAGAAGCUGAGUGGCUCGACUCCCUCUUAGAAACCCUUGGUGAAGAUGGUGAGGACUUGGAGCAAAUUCGCGUCUCAGUAUUGCCUGUGGAAGACGAUGAAGAUUUGCAAACCAGCCCCUUGGUCUCGCCCAUGUCCUCGUCAGACGACCUUCUUAACCAACUUGCGUAUUAUUCACCGCCUAUCGCUGUACCAUAUCCUGUGCCAUACCCUCCGUUCCAUCCCCCACUCAUUCGUCCAUGUGAGCUUGGCCCUAUUAUUGACUCACCUCUCCUCUCCAGUCUUCCAGCAUAUGAUGAUCCCCUUCCGUACUAUGAUACCGAUGAAAUAGAUGAUCUGUCCGUGCCUGACGCCAUAGAAGACACUUCUGACGACGAGUCUGAUAUUCCCUCCACUCCGUCUCUGGUGCGGUCGUCAACCCAGUCCUUCGUUGACCCAGCCUCUGUGCCCCUUCCAGCGGAGCGCCGACGUCAGCGGAUGCAACCCCACGUAUAUAUUGGCACCAUGGAUCCUUAUUUUUAUCCCUUCGAGCUUGACCCCCUCCCCUUCCCUGAUGAAGAUCGUUUCGCUUCCUAUAAUCCCAUCUAUUCAGAAUGCUAGCUGCUAUGUCUAUAAUCUCUCCUGCCUCAAUUGUGUAUAUGCACGCUUUUUUGCCCAUGUAUUGUAUUCAUCUCUGGGAAUCUGGUUGUCCUUGUCUACAAGUGCCUAAGGUUAACUAUAUUGUAGGCCUAUCCGCGAGCGGUCUUCACGGCAUCUGACAACUUGUUGGUGUUUCACUUUGAUAUCAACGCACAGUUCCGACAUCACCCGUUGAUAUCUAAAAUGGUCCGUCGCAGGUGCCGAAGUAUUCAGUGGGUGAACGGAUGAAUGUUGGAGCUUUACAGCUUUUGAGACAUGACGUCCUUCAACUUGCUAUUGAAUUGCUGUCUUGUUUACGGCGGAAGCUCCAGAGAGUGUCGUCCUCUGGCAGCAACGGACGCCGUACAUACUGAACCGAGAUAUUGUUAAAUGCCGUGGGGUAACAUUCAGACGUGGGAAGGGGUCGGGAAUCUAGAAAGGGUGCUUAAUGUUGGAUAAUGGUCGUGGGAUGUCAACACGCGGCCUAAGACAAGUUAGCUCUGAUUCUUACCUAGUCGUAACAAACACGGGGAUACCGUUUCCAACUUUGACAAAGGGUUGCUGCGUGGGGGGGUCGUGGACGUUAAGCACCCUGGAUAUCAUAUGAACCAGCGUGUGGGAGCGACGGACGUACUUGUCAAUGUAAUCGCUGAAUCGG